AUGAGCUUGGGGCAAUGUUCCUUCACCCCUGUCACUGAUGUCGGAAUCGGAGCAAUCGAGUUGUAUUUUCCACAAAACUUUGUUGAGCAGUCCGACUUGGAAGAAUACAAUAAUGUGUCUCGAGGGAAAUAUACAAUUGGCCUCGGACAACAGCAGAUGGGUUUCUGUUCCGACAAUGAAGACAUUGUUUCAAUUUCUCUAACAGUUCUUCGGCAACUUCUAGAAACUUAUAAGAUACCGCUCGAUUCGAUUGGGUGUCUUGUUGUAGGUACAGAAACAAUGAUUGACAAAAGCAAAAGUGUGAAAACAGCGCUUAUGGACUUGUUUCCCAACAACUCGGAUAUUGAAGGAGUUGACAUCAAAAAUGCUUGCUUUGGAGGAGCACAAGCAUUGCUACACGCCGUAGACUGGGUCACAGUGAAUCAUCCUGUUGACAAAAAGAAUGCUAUCGUCGUUAUUGCUGAUAUCGCAAUUUACGAAGAUGGGCCGGCAAGAUGUACAGGAGGAGCUGGGGCCAUUGCUUUUUUGGUUUGCCCUGAUGCCACAAUUCCAAUCGAUCGGCGGUUUUCCGCAUGCCAUAUGAAGAAUACUUGGGAUUUUUUCAAACCGAUAAAAUCAACAGCUAGUGAGUACCCAGAAGUUGACGGAUCACUCUCGCUUGCUUCAUAUCUGGAAGCUGUUCGAUCGUGCUAUACACACUUCACGUCUAAAGUACUUCGUCAUACAUCCGGAAUUGAUGGUCUGAAUUCUUUCGAUGCAAUUUUCCUUCAUUCUCCAUUCACAAAAAUGGUUCAGAAAGGCCUGGCCGUUAUGGCUUAUACGGAUUCUUGUCUCCGUCACAAAGAUCAGAAUGGAAACGGGGUUGAAAACCGUCUAGAUGAAAAUGAUCGCGCUGGAAUGACAAAAAUGAUAGAGUUAUCUGCUGAAGUCUGGAAAAAUAAAACUGAUCCACAUCUGGUUUUCAAUCGCAGAAUCGGAAAUAUGUACACUCCAUCUCUCUUUGCUCAACUUCUCGCAUAUCUCGCUUCCGAGGAGAGGUUCAUCACGGAUGAAAGAAACCUAUUGUUUUUCGCAUAUGGUAGUGGGCUGGCUUCAGCUAUUUUCCCCGGUCGAGUGAGACCAACCGCCAAUUUAGCAAAGAUUCGGGAAGUCGCCAGGCAUUGUAUCAAACGGUUGGAUUCUAGGCAACGAUUUAGUGCUGAAGAAUUCACGGAAACGUUAAAAAGGAGAGAAGAGUUUCUACAUUCAAAUGAUUUCCCCAAAACACCAUCAGAGUCUACACUGUUCCCUAACACGUACUUUCUGAACAGCAUUGACAAAAAAUAUCGAAGAACGUAUUCACUUCACGAAGAACCAAUUAUUGUUCAGAACGGGAAUGGGAUUCAUCACUGA